AAAAUGUAAUUACCAAUCACUCCCUGCGCGUUAGAGCCGAGAGAAUCCCUCCACCCCUCGCUGGACAGUGGACACGCUUACCCACACUCUCUCAGUCUCACACAAUUCAUUUCACAAUUCUCAAAUUUCUCAGAGAUCUAUCAGAUUCUGUCCUUCCGUCCUUUUUCCCCUCUCUCUCUUUCUGGUGUGAGAUAUGAACGAAGGAAUCGAACCGUCGACAUCUUCGUCUUCAAGCUCGACCAAGGAUCCAAUCUUUGUUCGGGCACGAAGAGAGCCAUUCGAGCAUGGACUCCUCCCAAUACCCAAGAUCAUCUUCUCUGAUGGAACAACUACCCUAGGCCCUCUCAAGGAGAAGUUCAUCCAACAUGCUUCUUCUGCUUCUUCUCCUCUUCGAAUCAAUGCCGACGGCGUUUCACAAGUCCUUCAGAUCUCGAUCGAGAAUGCUCGCCUCGUCCUUGACACCCUCGCCGCUGUGCUACCCUCUGAUUCAGACCCUCUCGUCACUGCUAAGCCUGAGGACUUGGAUUCUGUUGGCGCUUAUAUUAGCGACCUGAUUCUAUUCCUUUACAUCCAAUCUUACAAGAGGCUUCUCCCCAGGACCCACAAGGAUUCGGCUGCCGUUGCCGAUGUCUGGCCUUCCACUUCCGCCUUUGACGGAUACCUAUCGGCGCUCUCGCCAUUACAGCUGGCGCGCAGCAACAGCCGUCGAUUUAUGCCAUCACAAACUGAUGAAGAGGCCCAUCAGCUGUCAUAUCUACAGAAGCACAUUGCUAAUAUUCUUGGUCUAUUGGCAGAGCCGGUGGACGGCGAGAAUGAGGAGUUGUUGGUUUUAACCUUAGAGAGGUUUGAGCACCUUGGGUUUCUCAUUCAAGUUGGUGAAAAGGGAUCUGAAGUUCCAUUGAGCCAAGCUGCACCGUUUUUUGCAAAUUCUGAUCCCGACAUGCCUGCUGUUCCUGUUCCUGCAUCACAAGUUCAUGAUUGGAUUUUGCAAAAUAUAGCCGCUGCUUUAGAACAUAUGUCUGAAAGAAUUUCUUCAAAAGAAAGUGGGCCACCCAAUAACUCUGAUCAGGAUGUUGCUAUGGCUGAUGCAUGCGCUAGUUCAUCCAAAGGUUCCAGUGGUUCUAGGGGUCCCAGCUUUGUAGAGGGAAUUUCCAAAACUUCAAUUGUAAAACAAGCAUCUGAUCUUAAAGGUUCUUCUGUAAAGAUUCUAAAUUGUCAUGAUUCAGUAAUUUACAUAUUGGCACCUUUACGAUAUGCCACUGUUUAUGGAUGCUCUGAUGCAACUAUAGUUCUUGGAGCUAUUGGCAAGGCUGUAAGAAUGGAGCACUGUGAACGUGUGCAAGUGAUAACGGCAGCUAAACGUAUCUGCAUUGCCAACUGUCGUGAGUGUGUGUUCUUUUUGGGUGUAAAUCAGAGACCCCUUGUUCUUGGCGAUAAUCAUAAACUGCAGGUGGCUCCAUAUAAUACGUUUUACUCACAACUGGAAGAGCACAUGAAUCAAGUUGGUGUUGAUGCAACUAUCAACAGAUGGAAUGAACCCCUGGUGCUGGGUAUGGUUGAUCCUCAUGAUUCGUUAUCUCAUCCUGCAGGGGUCUCUGACGUUCAAGCUGAGUCUGCUACAUGCCUUGAACCUGACCAGUUCACAAAUUUUUUGAUUCCUAAUUGGUUCGGAAGUGAAUCGCCUGCAUCAACAAAGCACAACCCAUUUCCAUUGCCUGAGGUUUAUAUGGCCUCUCAACAGAAAAACCAUCAGAAUCUAGGAGAUAUUAAGCAAGCUUUGAGAGAUUUGCAGCUUGAAGAGAACCGCAAACGGGAAUUAUCAUCUGCACUCCAUAUAUAUUUCAAAGACUGGCUAUAUGCAUCUGGAAAUAUCCGUCAGCUUUACUGCUUACAAGGGGACUGAGUUUGGAAGAUAUUGUAGCAUUAGUAAGAUCUUGGAAGAGGUUGUAUAUUUAGCUUUCUGGUUCUCCAUAACUUUCACUAACCUUUUGUGGCACCUUCUUUGAUUCUUUAUACUGUGCGGUGGUGCAGCUAUUUAUAUGUCGACACUAUUGCACUCAAGGCAAUGGGUAAUAUAUGGUCGAAUCUUUUGUAUGUCUUAUUAACAAAGUUUUACCCUGCAAUUGAGGUUCAGGGGAUCCA